AUGGUGUUCGCUCCAGGUAUACCUGCACGUUGCUUUUUCACCAGCCGUAGUCCCGCCGCUGCUCUGGUCUCCUGGUUCCUCCACAUCCCAUCGGAGCUCAGGCACCUUGAGAACUGGGACCUCUGCCAAACGCACAGGCGACUACGUGGGUGGGAGGGUGCAGAGAUCCGGCCAGGAGUCGUGGGCUUCGGGAUACUUCGGUGGGAAUCCUCUUCUCUGCCACUUACCCCUUUGCAAAAGUGGCAAAGUGAUCCGGUUCCUCCCGAUGUCCUGAGGAAAGAAGUGGGUGAAGGCCACGGGAGUGGGCCGAAGGGCAGAGGAGCAUUACUCCUCAAGGAAUUAGACCUGAAACUCUGGCAGGAGGCUGCAGCGCAGAGGCUGCUACUGCGGCGCCGCUGGUGGCGUCUUUUUGGAGCUGGCGGUGAAGGACUUUGGUCCCUUUGCUGCUAUCUGUGGCUACAAGUUGGUGAAGAGUCCGAUUUGCCUGCCGUUGACCAGCUUACUGGUGAACUCAGAAUGGGCCAGAGGUGGGAUUCACACUCGGUGCCUCUAGGACGGGGGCUUCCUCGGCACAAAUGGCUGGCUACACAGCCUCCGAGAGCCCGUGGAUCCGAGGUGUGCAGGGUGCAGGGAGUUUGUAAACGUGGAGAGGGUUUGCCUGGCAAACGGUCAGCCAGAAAGAGCCUAGUCGAUGCCCUAACCUAUACACAGUGGUGGACACUUAAGUCCUCAGGACCCACACUGCGUGCUGCGAGUGAGAAACCUGGCAGUGAGCCUGAAGAGGUGAAGCUGCAGAAAGCCAGCAAACAGAUUGUGCGGAAUGCCAUCCUGCAAGCUGUACAGCAAGUCUCCCAGGAGAGCCGGCAGAAGGGGGAGAGCGCCCGAGACAGCCGGGGCAGCCUCCAGCUGGGCGUCGGGGAAUUAACCAAGAAGCAUGAAAAGAAGUAA